CUCGAUUAAUCUCGGUUUUGUCAUCUGAGAGAAGCCACCAAGUAAUAGUCUCCACUGCAAAAGGAAACCUGAGAUUUUGCUAGUUCUCCGCCAUCGACGUCAAGAAUCCAACUCCAUGGCAGAGCUCUCACCCAAGUCCCUCUUCGCACCAGUGCUGCAUUCGACAAACCUGACUUACACUUUAGCCCAGAGUGCGGAUAUCGAGUUUUUCACUGAUUUAUUCAACUCUGCCACUGAUGGCGAGGAAAAUAAUCCGUUUACUGUCUCAUCCGUUCGAGAGCUUCUUAUCAACACAGCGCCCCGGCCGUGCGAAACUCAUGGUGAAAGGUCCAAAGACGCUGCCGUAUACGUCGUACGCCUGAACAGCGAAAAGAUCGGUGAAAUCAAUCUCACACGGCGGGCGUCCAACUUCCCGCUCGAUAUUGGGUUUGCUUUCCUGCCCCAAUACCGAGGCAGAGGUUACGGAAGUGAGGCCGCUACGAGGAUUAUGCGCUAUUGGAAAGACGAGUUUGGAAUCGGGAACAUAUGUGGGCUGGUUUCAGAAGAGAACAUAGCAAGUCGAAAACUGCUCAUGAAGAUAGGUCUGGAAGAGAAUGGUUGGGCUGUGGUGUCGGGGAAUCGGGAGAUAGUCUACUCACUACCAGGAAUUCCUAAAGAAGAAGGACGGGAGGUUUCAUUCUGGGGAGAGGAACCAAAUGAGCACGAAGCUAUUAUCCUUGAUUAAUAGUCGUUUAGCAGGUAUGACCAUGAUGAUAACCCUAACCCUAAUCCCCCCGGUCAAUCGGGCUCUUUGAUGGGCGACUUACCCGCCACCUCGUAUAAUGGAAAAAAUAUCUACGUAUAGUAUAGAUGUUAAGUUUAAGAUUUUAAGAAUUUAGAACUUGACGUUGAA